AUGAACCUCGCAACUACAAAUAUUAGAGGGGCGGGCAGAUCUUCUGAAGCUAAGGCAUCGAUGAUCAGAAGACUGAUAAAGGAGAAUAAUGUAGCAUUUUAUGCUAUACAGGAGACGCAACUUUCAAGCAUCACCAAUUAUCAAAUCGGCAGGCUUUGGGAUAAUUCAGCAGUGGAUUUCGCCAUAGCAGAUGCCGUUGGGCGUUCGGGAGGUUUGAUUUCUGUAUGGAAUCCUACUGUUUUCAACGCUAAUUUGAGAAUUAUAAAACAAAAUUUUAUCAUUAUUGGUGGAAAAGUUACUGGAGUAGAUGGUGACUUCUUCAUUGUUAACAUCUAUGCCCCGAACGAUGAUAGUAGACGUAAACAUCUUUGGCAUGAAUUACUGGAAGUGAGGGAGUCAUUUGAAGGUUUUUUCGUUUUCCUUGGCGAUUUCAACGAGGUGCGGUUUCAGGAAGAAAGGUUAAACUCAGUCUUUAACCCGAAUAAUGCCUUGGCGUUCAAUAACUUCAUAAGUUUGGCUGGCCUUUCAGAGUAUAACAUGGGUGGAGCGAAAUUCACAUACAUAAAUCCAGACGGGUCGAAAAAGAGUAAGCUCGAUAGAAUCUUCGUAUGUGACGGGUUUAUGGAUAAAUGGCCAAACGCUAAGCAAUCGGCACUGCCUAGAGGAAAACUGGAUCAUAGACCUCUCAUCCUUCAGGUCAAUAUUGACGACUUCGGCCCAACUCCUUUCCGGUUCUUUAAUACCUGGCUACUAGACCCGGAAUUGGCCGACGUGGUCAAAUCAGUUACGUCCAGUAGACUUAUGGUUCACUCUCAUGGGCUAAGUUUGGCGGGUAAUCUUAAAAGUUUAAAGGAUAGCAUUAAGGAUUGGAGGAGAAAGAAAAAGGAGGUGGAUAACAAACUGAUUGUUAACGCUAAAACCUUAGUUAAUAAUUUGGAAGUAAAAGCGGAAUCGGGACCCCUAAAUGAGGAGGAAAAAAGGCAAGAUUUGACGCAAUUGAAUACAUCGUUGACUGGGAAUCAAAGAGGUUGGAAGAACUAA